GGUGUUUCGCGCCAAAACCUGUCACUUCGCUAACUUUGUUUAUAACGAGUGUUGUGUUUUCACGCCAAUUUGUACAAAAUCAAAUUUUUCAAAAUGAUGGACACGCAAGAUGUGGAUCAGCGCCUCCGCGACAUGCAGCGAGAGUAUUUGGACUUUUUGGACGACGAGGAAGACCAAGGAAAGUACUCACAAGCAGUUAAGAACAUGGUCGCCGAUAAAAGCCAGCGGCUACUAGUCAACGUGAACGACUUACGCCGCAAAAAUCCGGCUAGGGCUCAAAGUCUUUUGAAUGUCGCGUUCGAGGAGCAAGCUGCCUUCCAGAAGGCGUUGAAGGAGUACGUUUUUACCACUGCGCACGACUACGCGAAGGAGCAUGACGAGUUUUUUGUCGCUUUUGAGGGGAGUUUUGGGGGCAAGCAUGUCACUCCGAGGAGUUUGACUUCCAGGUUUUUGGGGAACUUGAUUUGUGUGGAAGGGAUUGUGACCAAAUGUUCUUUGGUGCAUCCGAAAAUUGUCAAGAGUGUGCAUUAUUGUCCGGUUACGAAGAAGGUGCUCGAGAGGAAGUACAGCGAUUUGACGUCGUUGGAUGCGUUUCCGUCGUCGGCGGUUUAUCCUACAAAGGACGAAGAUGGCAACUUGCUGGAAACCGAAUUCGGUUUAUCCGUGUACAAAGACCACCAAACCAUCUCCAUCCAGGAAAUGCCCGAAAAAGCUCCCGCUGGGCAGUUACCCCGAUCCGUGGACAUAAUCUGUGACAGCGACCUUGUCGAUAGGUGCAAACCCGGCGAUCGCAUCCAGGUGGUGGGAAAUUAUCGUUGUCUCCCGAAUAAGCAAGGGAGCUACACUUCGGGCACAUUUAGGACCGUGGUGAUCGCCAACAACAUAACCCAACUAAGCAAAGAAGCCAAUCCUUCCAUAUCCAGAGAAGAUGUGGCCCGCUGCAAGAACUUAGCUCGUACCAACAAAAACAUUUUUAAUUUGUUGGCGAAAUCUUUGGCCCCUUCAAUUCACGGUCAUGAUUACAUCAAAAGGGCAAUUCUUUGUUUGUUACUCGGAGGAGUCGAAAAAAUCCUCCCUAAUGGUACCCGAUUAAGAGGCGACAUUAACGUGCUUUUAAUCGGUGAUCCCAGUGUUGCCAAAUCGCAGCUUCUUCGGUAUGUGUUGUGCACGGCUCCACGUGCUAUACCUACCACAGGCCGCGGUUCAUCGGGUGUGGGUCUGACAGCAGCUGUGACCACAGACCAAGAAACCGGCGAAAGACGACUAGAGGCUGGUGCUAUGGUGCUAGCAGACAGAGGCGUGGUUUGUAUCGACGAGUUCGACAAAAUGUCCGACAUGGACAGGACUGCCAUCCACGAAGUAAUGGAACAGGGUCGAGUCACUAUAGCAAAAGCCGGAAUUCACGCCAGUCUAAACGCUAGGUGUUCAGUUCUAGCAGCGGCUAAUCCCGUCUACGGCAAGUAUGACCAAUACAAAACUCCAAUGGAGAAUAUCGGGCUUCAGGACUCGUUGUUGUCACGUUUCGACUUGCUUUUUGUUAUGUUGGACAGCGUGAGUGAGGACCACGAUUUGAUGAUUUCGGAUCACGUGGUCAGGAUGCACCGCUAUAGGAACCCGAACGAACAAGAUGGCGACGUUCUCCCAAUGGGGUCCACGGUGGACAUGUUGACCACGAUGCGACCGGACGAAAUGGACGAAGAAAAAGAAACCCCGAUGUAUGAAAAAUACGACGCGCUUUUACACGGCGCGAGCCGCAGGCGUACCGAUAAAAUCCUGAGUGUGGAUUUUAUGCGAAAGUAUAUACAUUUCGUGAAAAUUUUGAAGCCGGUGUUGACCGAAGAAGCGUGCGAAAUUAUAGCAAAUGAAUAUUCGAAGUUGAGGUCUGAAGAUAUAUUGGAAAGUGACGUCGCAAGGACGCAACCAGUCACAGCGCGUACUUUGGAAACCAUGAUUCGAUUAGCAACCGCGCAUGCUAAAGCUAGAAUGAGUCGCACGGUCACUGAGCAGGAUGCUCACGCCGCUAUAGAGUUAGUCCAAUAUGCGUACUUCAAAAAAGUACUCGAGAAAGAGAAGAAGAGGCGUAGAAGAAAUUCGCAGAGCGACUCAGAAGAUGAAGAACCACAAACGGAACAACAAUCAAAGAGAUCCAGACGAACGCGAGCGACCGCUGACGAAUCAGAGGAAGAAAUAGUUCAAACACAGAGCUCCGCUGCCAGUCAGGAAGAAGCAAUGGAAGUGGACGCGACUCCAAGCAUCACCAAUGACAGGUUGACCCAGUUCAAGACCGGCCUCCACAAAGCCUUCAAAGACAACAGAGCCCAAUCCCUGAGUUUAACCCGCGUCCGAGACAGCGUCAACUCCGACAACCUCGAGCCCUUCACCCAAGGCGAAAUUCAAGCCGCCCUCGACCAAAUGACCGAAGACAACCAAGUGAUGUUAGCCGACGGCAUCAUCUUCCUCAUCUAACACACAACACAAUUAAUUCAAUGUCGUACAUUUUAUUAAAAAUUAAGAUUAACAAAAAUAAAUGUAAAAUAGUCAGUGA